AUGGCUGUCAAAGGUUUAGGACAAAUUGAUCAAGUAUAUGAUGGAUCCAAAUUAAGAAUUGGUAUUAUCCAUGCACGUUGGAAUAGAGUUAUCAUCGAUGCUUUAGUGAAAGGUGCUAUUGAAAGAAUGAAGUCCUUGGGUGUUAAGGAAGAAAAUAUUGUUUUAGAAACUGUUCCAGGUUCUUAUGAACUUCCAUGGGGUACUAAGAGACUCGUAGACAGACAAAAGAAGUUAGGACAGCCAUUAGAUGCUGUUAUCCCAAUUGGUGUCUUAAUCAAAGGUAGUACCAUGCAUUUUGAAUACAUAUCUGAUUCUACCACUAGUGCUUUGAUGAACUUACAAGAAAAGGUCGACAUGCCCGUUAUUUUUGGUUUAUUGACUUGUUUGACUGAAGAACAGGCUUUCGCCAGAGCUGGUAUCGAUGAAGCUAAAUCUAUGCACAAUCAUGGUGAAGACUGGGGUGCCGCUGCCGUUGAAAUGUCAUGUAAAUUUGGUGCUAAUGCCUUCUGA